ACCGCCAACAAACAUAAGAAGAAGAAGAAGGAACAGACGAGCUUGCAGAGUGGCUCUGGCUUGUAGUCCGCGUGUGGACGGCGCUGCACUGACCCGCUGCUCGAAUGGAGGGAUCCGGGGAAGAGUUCAUGAAGUACCGCUCACCGCUGGUGUCCAGGUACGCCAGCAAAGAGAUGGCCUACAACUUCAGCGACAGGAAAAAAUUCACCACAUGGAGAAGACUGUGGCUUUACCUCGCUAAGGCCGAAAAGGAAUUGGGUCUCCCCAUAACCGAUGCCCAGGUGAGCGAGAUGGAGUCUCACUUGGAGGACAUUGAUUUCGUCAUGGCUGCGGAGGAGGAGAGGAAGUUGAGGCAUGACGUCAUGGCUCACGUGCACACCUUCGCUCACUGCUGUCCCACCGCUGCUCCCAUCAUCCACUUGGGCGCCACUUCCUGUUAUGUGGGAGACAAUACGGAUCUGAUAAUGCUGCGUGAUGGAUUUGAUAUCCUGCUACCCAAGCUGGCUCGUGUCGUAGACAGGCUGGCGAACUUUGCAGAGAAAUACGCUGACCUGCCGACUUUAGGCUUCACCCAUUAUCAACCAGCUCAGCUGACUACAGUCGGGAAGCGUGCUUGUCUGUGGCUACAGGAUCUGGUCAUGGACAUGCGUAAUCUUCAGCGUGCAAGAGAGGACCUGCGCUUCCGGGGCGUUAAAGGAACAACAGGCACUCAGGCCAGCUUCCUGCAGCUUUUCCAGGGGGAUCAUGAGAAGGUGGAGGAGUUGGAUAGGAAGGUCACUGAAAUGGCUGGUUUUAAAAAAUCAUACCUGGUGACGGGUCAGACGUACAGUCGUAAGGUGGAUAUCGACUCGCUGUGUGCGCUGGCCAGCCUCGGAGCCACUGUACACAAGAUUUGCACUGAUAUCCGUCUGUUGGCGAAUCUGAAGGAAAUCGAGGAGCCGUUUGAGAAAGAGCAGAUUGGUUCCAGUGCCAUGCCGUACAAGAGAAACCCGAUGCGUGCGGAGCGCUGCUGCAGUCUUGCUCGUCACCUGAUGGCGCUGGUGUCAGACCCCCUGCAGACCGCAGCAGUGCAGUGGCUGGAGAGAACCCUGGACGACAGCGCUAACAGGAGGAUCUCAUUGCCCGAGUCCUUCCUCACAGCGGACAUCAUCCUCAGCACUCUGCAGAACAUCACUGAAGGACUGGUGGUGUAUCCUAAGGUGAUUGAGAGGCAUAUCCGUCAUGAGCUGCCCUUCAUGGCUACUGAAAACAUCAUCAUGGCCAUGGUGAAGGCUGGAGGAAACAGACAGGACUGCCAUGAGAAGAUUCGGGUGCUGUCCCAGCAAGCUGCGGCUGUAGUCAAACAGGAAGGGGGGGAUAAUGACCUGCUGGCUCGGGUUCGGGCUGAUCCAUAUUUCACUCCCAUACUCGGACAGCUGGAUGACUUACUGGAGCCCAAAACCUUCAUCGGCCGAGCCCCACAACAGGUUACAAGGUUUUUGUCUGAGGAGGUCAGGCCUGUUCUAGAGCCAUACAAGAGUAAAAUGGAUGUCAAGAUUGAACUAGAGCUCUGAAACAAACACAUUCGAAUCGUGACACAUCAGAACAGUAUUACAAUAAACAAGGUGUUCAAUCUUU